ACUCUUUCUGUUCCUUUUGCUCUCACACAGCCAGCCAGUUUACUGAGUCAACUCUAAGACCAAGUUAAACAAACUCCAUGGAUCUGUCCUCAUCACUUCUUCUUCCCAACUCAUAACCUUCCAUCAAUCUUCUUCAUCCCCCCACAACAAUGGACUCUGAAAACCCCUCUCCCAAAGCCCAGGCAUGGUUUUGCGCCACUGGGUUACCAAGCGACGUGACAAUCCAAGUAGAUGAUAUGACCUUUCAUCUCCACAAGUUUCCUUUGAUGUCAAAGAGUCGAAAGAUUCAUGAUUUGAUCACAGAACAAGAGACAAGGCUGAGACGGAAUGGUGAUGGGGGCGGAGAGAUUGAAGAAGAGGCGGUGGAGUUCCAAUGCCACAUCUCGCUGCCGAAUUUCCCCGGCGGGUUGGAGGCUUUCGAAGCUGCUGCCAAGUUCUGCUAUGGCGUCAAGAUUGACUUGUCGGCUUCCAAUGUGGCUCUGCUCCGAUGCGCGGGGGAGUAUUUGGGGAUGACGGAGGAAUAUUCCGGCGAGAAUCUCGUCUCGAAGACGGAGAGGUUUUUCUCGCUAACUGUCCUGAAGAGUGCCAGGGACUCGAUCAAAACCCUCAACUCCUGCGAGAAGCUCUUGCCGAUGGCGGAGACGUUGGGUAUUGUUCCGAGAUGCAUCGAUGCCAUCGCGGCCGGAGCUUCUUCCGGAGAUCCGUCGUUGCUCGGAUGGCCGGUGAGUGACAUAGGUGCCAACCGCCCUUUUUGGAACGGCGUGGAAGGGAGUACUCGCCGGAAGGGAGCUUCAAGAGGCGGCGGAGCAACAGAUUCAUGGUGGGAAGAACUCGGCCAUCUGAGCCUACAUCUGUUCAAGCGUUUGAUUUCCGCCAUGAAAGAUCGAGAUUUGAAUCCGGAUGUUAUCGAAAACUGUUUGAUUUGCUACGCGAAGAGAAACAUACCAGGACUCUCGCGAUCUGCUCGGAGGCCAUCUUCAUCUUCCAUCCCUGCCGAGACUGAACAGAGGGAGAUUCUGGAGGCCAUAAUCUCGAAUCUCCCGACCGAGAAGAGCUCCAUAUCUUCUUCCGCCACUCGACUUCUAUUCGGAUUGCUCCGAUCCGCGAACAUUCUCGACGUUUCAGAGAUCUGCCGAUCGAGACUGGAGAGGAAAAUCGGAUCUCAGAUGGAGCAAGCUACGCUCGACGAUCUUCUCAUUCCCAGCUAUUCUUCUGAGAACGAAACACUAUAUGAUGUGGAUUGUGUUCAGAGAAUUUUAGGUCAUUUCCUAUCCGCUUCUGAAGAGAGAUCUGCGACAAACAGAGUCGAAGGCGAUGAAGAUCUACACAGUUCGAUAUCUGCAUCUGUAAUGGUAGUCGGGAGAUUGAUCGACGGUUACUUAUCGGAAAUCGCUUCCGACUCUAAUCUGACGCCGGAAAAGUUUUGCGAACUUGCCGUUUCACUGCCGGAGCAAGCUAGGCUCUUCGACGACGGACUUUACAGAGCGGUAGACGUUUAUUUGAAGGAGCAUCCAUGGAUAGAAGAGGCGGAGAGGGAGAAGAUCUGCGGAGUCAUGGAUUGCCGGAAGCUGACAUUGGAGGCCUGCACUCACGCGGCGCAGAACGACCGGCUCCCGCUAAGAGCCGUCGUUCAGGUACUGUUCUUCGAGCAGCUCCAACUCCGACACGCCAUUGCCGGGGCUCUGCUAGCCGCCGACUUGCCUGAAGACGGGGAAGAUGAUGAUGAGGCGGGGGCGCGUGUCCAGGGAAGGAGCGGCGCGUGGAGAGAUGCGGUGAGGCAAAAUCAGAAGCUGCGAGUGGACAUGGAUAGCAUGAAGGCGCGGAUGGAUGAGCUGGAACGGGAGUGCAAUGCGAUGAAAAGAGCGAUUGACGAGGCGGGUGGGAGGCGAGACGGCGGCGAGCAGGGCGGCGGAGGAUGGAGGAAGAAGUUCGGGUGCAAGUUUAGGGCCCAAGUCUGUGACUCCCAUGUUGGGGCGGCGCGUAAAGAAGGACGAACCCAUAGACAACAAUGACAUUUUUGUUACAAGAAAUUCCAUUUUUUCCCAAAGACAUUAUAAGGCUUUUUUUGGGGUAAAAAACAUUAGAUAGGCUU